AGGCUCAUUUUAAGAUAGGCAGGGAAGUCAUGUUUUUAAUAGUUUCUCAAUCUAGUAGGAGUGAAAUGAGGGAAAGUACAACCUUACAGACUGCAUUUCUACUCCCAGAACGUUUUACAUCAUCUGCUUGGGUUGGGACUGGUAACGUUCAGUAUGCUGGUUUAAUUUAAAAUUGGUUUAUAUCAUGGAAUUUUAGCUAGCUUCCUUCAUUUAUAGCUGGCUAAGCUAGAUUUGUUUGGGUUUUCAUUGAAACAUGCUUUUUAUACACUCACUCUCAUACUCAACAGUAUGUUACAAACUCCAGUGACCUCUUGGCACCGUGGCAGUCGUAUUUUACUGAUGAUCAACUCUGAGUCUGAGGCACACCCACACUUCCUCUGAGCUAGUUAUAUUGCAACAAUACAGCUUUAAAAGGCUGGGUGACUCCCACCUGACUAGGUGCACUUCAACAAACUCUGUCAACACACUUCCUUUCUCAGUUUAAACCAGCUCAUGGAAAUGGAGAGCCAACAAGAAAGCCAGAAGAGAAGAGGAAUGAGCAAAGAAGAAUUAAUAUCUGAACAGACAGGGUCUUUGGGAUGCAUUGGUUGGUUCAUAUUCAUAAUCUCUGGUGUAUUCACUUUGUGCCUUUUCCCUAUCACCAUCUGGUUUUGUCUGAAGAUAGUUCAAGAGUAUGAGCGUGCUGUCAUCUUCAGACUGGGCCGCAUCACAGACAGGAAAGCAAAAGGACCGGGAAUUUUCUUUGUUUUGCCGUGCACUGAUUCCAUUGUGAAAGUGGAUCUGCGAACAGUUUCAUUUGACAUCCCACCACAAGAGAUCCUGACCAAGGACUCGGUUACAGUUUCCGUGGAUGGAGUGGUGUACUUCCGGGUCAACGACCCAAUCGCCUCUGUGGCCAACGUAACUAAUGCUGACUUUGCCACUCGUCUGCUGGCACAAACCACCCUCAGAAAUGUCCUGGGGACCAAGAACCUUGCUGAGGUCUUAUCUGACCGUGAGGGAAUCGCUCACAGCAUGCAGAGCAGCCUGGAUGAUGCCACAGACAACUGGGGCAUCAAGGUGGAGCGUGUGGAGAUUAAAGAUGUGAAGCUACCAGUUCAGCUACAGAGAGCCAUGGCUGCUGAAGCGGAGGCUGCACGAGAGGCCAGAGCCAAGGUGAUUGCUGCAGAGGGUGAGAUGAAUGCAUCUCGUGCCCUGAAGGAGGCUUCCCUUGUGAUUGCAGAGUCUCCAUCAGCCCUGCAGCUUCGCUACCUGCAGACUCUCAACACCAUCGCAGCAGAGAAGAACUCCACCAUCAUCUUCCCUCUGCCCAUGGAUAUCAUAGCUCACUUCAUGCGUAAGUGAGGUUGCUGAUACUGCAGUUUUCUGACUGUCUAACGUCGCUGUUUAAAUAAGACAAGUAGUGGAUGGGACCAGAGUACAUUUCAUUCUGUGGCUCUCUGUAAAACUGUCAGGAUGCAAGAUGAUACUGUUGUUGUACUGUCAGCAUUUUUCAGAUGAAUCACAGAAACCCAUUUAUGGUUCAUUUAGUCCAACUGUGAUCAGGCCAGGGCUGCUAACCAGCGUGAUGUGAACUAAACUCCGAGUCAGCACAGCUUACAUGUCUUUGACACAUUAUACUAUGAAAGUGGUAUUAUACUGUGCUGAAUUAUAUGGUGAAUUGUGUCUCAUUUAUGAUUCAUGUUAUAUGGUGUGAUGUUGAUCAGUUCAAUAUUUUGAAACAUUAAAUGUAAAAUGCUGAAAAAUGAAUUGUUUAAGUUUUAAUUUCAGCCAUUAAAUUCUUCAA